GGAAAUAAUAUGAGGUGAACAGGGUUGGGCAGAAUGUAUUUCAGGAGCUCGAUGUUCCAUUGGUCUGACACGGAAACCACUUCCAUAAAGAGGACCCAGUGCUUCUGCUGAUGUAUCAUCCGACACCAUAUAUACCGUGUUUCCUGUUUCACUGCCUGUUGCUUGCCAGUGUGCUAGUCUUCCCUUCUUCCUCCAGGUGUGUCCUGCCCUCUACCUCUUCCUUUCAUAGCGUGUGAAGCACAAGAACAGCCAAGAUGUCGGAAAAAAAGAUGACAUCGAGUCGCAGGCAUCAUCUGAAGAGCUUGGUGCUCCAGAUAGCAUUUGAGCUGAUUGAAGUGGAGAAAAAGGAGGCGGAGCAGGUGAAAAAGAAUUUCAUGGCUGAGAUCCCUGCCCUGGAUUUGUCUGGAGAUCAAGCGGCGCUGAUGGAAAUGCUCAAAAAGUUGGCCCAUACCAUCGACAAGGUAGAUGAGGAAAGAUAUGACGCAGAAGCAAAAGUGAAUAAGGCUGACAAAGAGAUUGAGGACUUGAAGAUGAAAGUGAUUGAGAUCCAGGGCAUGAAGAAGCCAGCCCUGAAGAAAGUGCGUAUGUCUGCUGAUGCUAUGCUCCAGGCUCUGCUGGGCACCAAGCACAAGGCUUCCAUGGAUUUCAGAGCCAACUUGAAAGAAGUGAAGAAGGAGGUCAAAGAGGAGGCAGCGGAUGCAGUUGGUGACUGGCGCAAGAACGUUGAUGAACAGGCUGGCAUGGACGGCAGAAUGAAAAAGUUUCAGGGUUAAACAGCUGUCUUUUGUGUUUUGUCGUAUUGUGGUACAGAGAUGGAUUUCUAUGACCUUGUUGUUAGGCAUCCCUGCAGGAAGAGGAUCUUUGAUCCGAAAUGCUGUUAUUUUUUUAUACUGUAGCUGUUGAACUAUUCAACACUAUGGUUUUGGAUCUCUUUCUCUCUCUGUCUCGCUCUCUCCGCCAAACAAAACAAUAAAAAAUCAAAAAAAAAAGCUUGUGAAAGUUUUGUCAUCCGUUUGCUUAAAUUUAGAUCUGGAAAUUAGACCUGUACAGUGGCUAGAUCCAAUACAAUAAAUAUCAUUGGGAUUUAGCAAAGUAUUAUAUACAAAAUAUAUAUUGUUUGAUUGAUAGUUUUUAUGUUUUUGUUUUUUUGUUUUUGAUACAACAACAAACACACAACCCUGGAUUGAACAACCAAUUAUUAUUCAGUAAAUAGCCAACCUCAUUUUUCAUCCAGAUUAGGAAAUUGUUGUUGAUGUAAUCUGAAGUCCGUAAUAAUACUGUUCUUAACAUCUGUUGUGCUACUAGUUUUAGCCAGAGCCAUAUACAGUACAUAGAGAGUUAGGUCAAACUGGUUAAAUGUUCAGAAAGCACAACUUUAUCAUCCAUAGAGGUUGCUAAGGGACAAUUAACGCUUCUGUGUUGUGCUGUUUAUUUUUGAUCGUUUUCAAAACCUGUGAAGAUGUCCAGUGAAAGCAGAUAUGCAAUUUGUUGACACAGUAAAGACUUGAAUACACCAACUUUUCAAGAAUAAAAUUCUAUAUCGGUGCUAA